AUGAAAUAUACCUCUUCCAAACUGGAAAUUAUAUCGAUAAUAUUAUCACUAUGUCUAAAACCAAUAUAUAGCUAUAAACUUUUAAAUUGUUAUAGUUCCUUACCGUCCUCUUUCUACAAAGACAACACAAACGAAUACCAAUCCUCAUCAUUGUGUUAUUCCACGUGUAGUGGGAAAGGUUAUUCGUACUUUGCAUUAUUCGAUCAUAAUACAUGUUAUUGUGGUAGUACAAGUCCUGGAGGUCUGCCAAUUUCCACUUCGUGUAAUACAUAUUGUUAUGGGUAUGAUCGAGAAAUGUGUGGAGGUACUUCAGCUUAUUCAAUCUAUUCCGUAGAUGAUGCAGAAUCAGUGUCUAAUCAAGAAUCCAGUGGUAGCCCAUCAGCUUCUUCACGUACUAGUUCUACGGCUUCAAUAUCUGGAACUAAAAAAACUAGUGUAAGUGCUCUUGCCGUUGGUUCAAGUGAUUCCCAAAUUGUUAUAGCGAACGAAAAGUCUACUUCUAAUCAACAGCAAACCACUAGAAAUUCAAAAACAGGCAGUGGUACAGAAGCGGCAGUUGCUACAUCUGUGGUCUAUUCCACCCAAUUACAAACCCAAGGUGGUUCCACAAUCUUUGUUACAAACACUAUUACAAAGAGUACUGGGGUGCUACCUACUGGUAGCUCCGCAUCAAAUAAUAAUAAAUCAAGUUCUAGCAAUUCUAAGAAAAAGGUUAAUGUCGGUGCUAUUGUUGGGGGCAUUGUGGGUGGUGUAUGUGGUGCCCUUGUCUUGCUUUCUGCUCUUCUAUUCGGAUUAAGGUAUUAUAAUAAGAAACGCGAAGAAGAUAGAAUGGAAAAAGAGUAUCAAGAAGCUAUUAAACCAGUUGAAUACGUCCCUGUUGAUAUUUUAUCUAGUUCUUCACAUAGCUACAGUUUUGAUGGUGGCAACAUGAAUGGAAAACUGAAUGAUUCCCUGGGUAAUAUUGGUUCUGAUAACCUGAAAGGUAAUAAUACCAAUAGUAAUAAUCUCACAGUGAUGAGCAACACUAGUAAUAAAAAUAAUAAUAAUAACGGUUUGUUGUCUAAUCCGUUCGAUGAUUCUAGACGAAUAAGUACAGGUUCGAUUAUUAGUUCUGACCCAGACCAAAAUAAACCUACGAAAUUGACUAUUGUUAACCCUGAUGAAUGA